GCGAUCAAUAUUCACGUCGGACCAGAAGCCGUUUAUUCUUUUUCAUACAAGGCCUAUUUUGGACAGGCCUCAGGUGAGUACCUGUCCAAAAGAAUCUACUCUGGUAGGCGGUACUUCCUGGUUCCGUAUUUUUCUUUCUUUCUUGGUAUUUCGAGCGGUGCUGGUUUGGUAGUGGGGAUGGCAGAGCGAUUGGUGAAGGAAAAAAUUAAAAAGCGUGAACGCAUGUUUGCGUCUUUGAAACGGCACGCUCAUUUUUUGGAGACAUACAAUGCGGAGACUCAAUGCGGACAGAUUCAGAGCAGAUUGGAUAAAAUGGAGAAGAAGUGGGAAGAGUUCGAAGAGCUACAAGAGGAAAUUGCAGAAAUGGACGAGAACGGCGAUGAUGAGGAGGAAAAUAACAGAGUGUUUGGGCGUUUUGAAAAUCUAUAUUUUGAGCUUCGAGCCGCGCUGCUGGCAAAGGUUGCCCCUUCCAUCCAUUCUACCUCGAAUUUAGAUAUUACAGUCGGACGGAAUAGUAGCUCUUAUGGGUUUCACACUGGAGUUCGUUUACCGCAAAUUUCAUUGCCGGAUUUCGAUGGAGAUUAUAGAGGAUGGCUGUCCUUUAAAUCCACUUAUGAAUCACUAAUUCACGAAUCGGCUGAACUUAAUGACGUACAAAAAUUUCAUUAUCUCAAGUCAGCAUUGAAGGGGGAGGCUGCGAAACUCAUAGAAUCAUUGACGAUCACGAACGGAAAUUACGCUAUAGCUUGGACCACCAUUACCAAGCGCUACUCCAAUGAAUACCUUCUCAAGAAGCGGCAUCUCCAAGCACUGAUGGAGUAUCCUAAGAUAGAGAAAGAGUCCGCGACCGCCAUUCAUGGCUUGAUGGACGAGUUCGAACAACGAUUAAAAAUACUUAAACAGCUAGGCGAAAAUACAGAGAGCUGGGGUGCGCUAAUCGUUCAUUGGAUGUGCUCGAAAUUAGAUGGGCAGUCAUUGCAACUUUGGGAAGAUCAUGCUGCUUCGGUUGAUGUUCCAACUUUCGAAGUUUUGAUGGCAUUUUUGGAAAAACGAACGCGGGUUUUGGAUGCUGUAUCAUCAAACGUGAUGGAAACCACAAAAUCUCUGCAAAAACCGAUCGUCAAACAAACAAGACUAGCAGUACACGCUACCACGGGAAACGAACGGAACAUUACGGCUUGUCCCUUCUGUGGGGAGACUCAUUACAUGGCGAGAUGUGCAAAAUUUCUGAGUUUGAGUCUCAAGGAGAAACUGGAGUUCGUCAAUAGCAAACGAUUGUGCAGUAACUGCUUUCGAGCAGGACACUGGGUACGGGAGUGUAACUCAAAUUUCAGCUGCAGAACGUGUGGCAGAAAACAUCACUCUCUCAUUCACCCUGGUUUUCCGCCUAGCAACAGUGAAACAGCUAACAACACGACAGCAGGACAAUCUUCGAGGAGAGUGGAUACGCAAACAGCAUCAUCGAAUCUUGCGACAAGUGGUGCCGAAUCUGAACAACAUGAAACGGAGGAGGACGAACCCGUUGGAUCAUAUAGUAUCGGAACAAAGGGCGGUGCAUCCAAUGUAUUUUUAUCUACAGUUGUUUUGACACUGCGGAAUCAAAAUGGGGAGAAACAGCUAGCACGAGCACUUCUUGAUAACGGAUCCCAAGCAAAUAUUAUGAGUGAGCGACUGUGUCAGAUACUUAAGUUGAAACGGCGUUCCGUAAAUGUUCCAAUUUGUGGUGUGGGGCAGUCUGAAUCAAGGGCUAAGCAUGCGGUUAGAACCGUUAUUAGUUCCAGAGUGACAGAAUUCUCGGUGGAAGUGGAUUUUCUGGUUUUGCAACGGGUCACUUCUGAACUACCUUCAACUACCGUAUCGGUGUCACAUUGGAAGAUCCCUGACAACCUUCAAAUGGCGGAUCCCGGUUUUAAUACCAGCAGUAGGAUUGAUCUCCUAAUUGGGGCGGAGCAUUUUUAUCGAUUUCUAUAUGAGCGCGAAAUGAAUCGAAUUACCUUAGGGCCCGGAUUUCCCGUAUUGGUGGACACGGUAUUCGGCUGGAUUGUUUCGGGCAAGUGUGCUAAUUCCAAGAGCCAUCCAGUUAAUUGUUACUUGGCUACAUCAUCAGAGAAUCUGGAGGGAAUACUCGAGAGGUUUUGGAAGGUAGAAAACUCUGAAGAUCAACCUGCAUGGUCUAAAGAGGAGCAAGAUUGCGAAGCACACUUUAUCAACACACACGAGCGUUUGCCGGAUGGCAGGUACGUCGUCCGAUUGCCAAGGCAAUUGAAUUUCAACAGAAUGUUGGGGGAAUCCAAAACCAUGGCAUUAGAGCGUUAUUCAAAAUUGGAAAAACGACUAGAGCGAAAUUCGGAGAUGAAAACCCAAUAUCACGCAUUUAUAAGAGAGUAUAUAGACUUAGGACACAUGAGGAAGCUAUCGGAGGAGGAAGUGGAAACAACACCUAGAGGAAAAGCGUAUUACCUGCCGCAUCACGCCGUUGUGAAGGAGUCAAGCACUACAACAAAGGUACGUGUUGUGUUUGACGGAUCAGCGCACACAGAUAGCGGGUUUGCGUUGAACGACGUGCUACUGAAAGGGCCAACGAUUCAGGACGACCUGUUAAGUCUCCUUUUACGCUUUCGUAAGCAUGAGGUGGCCCUCGUCGGGGAUAUUGAAAAGAUGUACAGGCAAGUACGUUUACACCAUGAUGAUACUUCUUUGCAGCGAAUUUUAUGGAGGUUUUCCGAGCAUGAGCCCAUCGGUGUAUAUGAGCUGCUUACGGUUACCUACGGACUAACACCAUCGUCCUUUCUGGCAAUCAGAACGCUGCAUCAACUUGCUGCUGACGAGAGUCUUAACCAUCCACGCGCAAGCUCUGUACUUGUUCAAGAUUUCUACGUGGACGAUUAUAUUGGUGGAGCUUCAACCGUCCAAGCAGCAAUCCAGCUACGGAAGGAGCUUGCUGAUCUUACGUCCAGAGGAGGUUUUCCAUUGCGGAAAUGGUGCUCCAAUCGCCCUGAGGUCUUAGCUGAUAUACCUGCAAACCAACUUGGAACAAAUCUAUCUAUUUCUUUCGAGCUCACUCCAGGCGAGGAAGUAAAGGCUUUGGGAAUUACUUGGGAUCCAAAGACGGAUCAUCUGCUAUUCGCUUUCGACAUUGAUGAGAAUUGCGAAAACUGGACUAGGAGGCGUAUUCUUUCUGCCAUAGCAAAACUUUUCGACCCGCUUGGAUUAAUUUCGCCGGUGGUGGUUGUAGCAAAAAUUAUGAUGCAAGAACUUGCUCUGUUACAAUCUGCUUGGGACGCUCCUGUGCCGUCACUGCUGGAAAAAAAUGGACACAAUUCUAUGACCAGUUAA